CGUCAUCUCAACCUCAAAUUUUCGCCACACCAACAUUCCCACCAGUUUGAGGUGUUGCUAACUUACAAAAUAUCACAGAUGUCGUUCGGAUGGUCGGCCGGUGGCAUUGCGACAGCCGUCAAGCUGAUAUACAGCCUAAUCCAGGCUCUCAACAGCUGCGACGGUGCGGCGAGCGAUUACCGCGAGGCUGUAGGCUUUCUUCGAGACUUAAACCGCACUCUAGAUCCAUUACAGAGUUUUGCUGCGUGGCGUGCUUAUCCUUCCUACGCCAAGGACAUCGAGGAACAGGUCGCUCAGGUCCGAGAGCCCGUGGAAAGUUUUCUGAAGGCUGUGACGAAGUUUGAGCCUUCUCUUAGACAAUAUGCAUCGUCAGCUUACCAUCGCGAUGUUUUCAAGAAACUGCACUGGCAUAUUCUGGUAUCUAAGAAAGUGCUCGCACUGAGAAAAAGGGUCGAGUCGCAUAUGAGGAUCAUUGAUACACUUGUGCAACGAUUAACAUUGGACAUCGUAUCAACCAUUCAAACUCAACUGCCUCGGGAUUUACGAACGGUAGUUGACGACGCUCUUCGCCCAGAUCUGAUGAAUCUUCUUCGGGAGAAUCUUCUUCCACUCCAUGAGAAGCUACUCGCGAAUGUCAAAGAUGAACACGAUAUGCAAUAUGAGAGGCUCGCUGCGAAGACGUUUGAAUGCUAUGAAGGGCUGUCCUCCGAUGUCCAGUGGAUCAAGCAGAAUAUUGGCAAGCCUUCCCAAAUUCAAGAGGAAAUCAACUCUGCUCUAUCGGGAAGUAAUUCAUCACGAAAGCUUCAACCGAAACGAGGUGGCAUUCAGGGUGAUAUUGGUGAGGAAAGGGAAGAAAGUCUCCGAGAUAUAUACUACCUAGUGUUCCUAUACCUGGGACUGUUCUUGAAGAAUCUCUUAUUAGCGUUGUCACGACUGGUCAUACCUUCUAGAGCCUUGAUGCCAACACUGCUCGCAAAGUAUAACAUUUCAUUCUUGGAUGCUCUCGGAAGAUCGCCACGAAUCUUGCCUUAUGAAUUUUUUCAAUCGCUCGAAAUCCUACAAGCAUUCGUUAAACACGAAUUCCGAUUCCUCCCGGGCUCUUCGUUGGUUCAUAGAGGGGACUAUCUUUUGAUAAGUUCGAUUGGGGAGCGCGUUUUAACGACAGCAAAUUCGAACACGCUACUCCGCCGUGGGUCGACAGUGACCAUGUCGGUGGUUAGUCGCAAGUUACCAGAGAGUAGUUCGGAUAGUGCAACUUUUCAGUGCCCGCAGGAAGGUUGCACUGGACAGCUACAGAGCUCAGCAACCUCAAGAUGGUCAACAUGGUGCGCAAUAUUCAGCGAAGUAAGGUUGUCACCAUACUGCUAACACCGCUUAGUCCUAUUUGCAUGAAAGAAGUCCUCUACCAAGAGGAAAUCAAAAAGUCAUCAGAUAGUACUGGAACUAUGAGGUCAAGCGUUGAAGCAACAGACCCAUCCGGCGGGUUGUCGCAGACCCCGAUAAACGCUAUUUCCAGCCAGGGCGGAUACCGUUACCAUCUUUUCGACUCAACACAGCUUGAUGAAGAUGAGUUUGCUU